GUGCCGCAGCUUGGCAUGGGCAGCUUCGCCCGCCGUCGCCGCGCUGCUUCGGCCUCGUCGCGGCAUGUUCGGGGCCCCUGCUUCCUCCGCCCCCCAAUCGGCGGCCAUGGAAAUUUGUCUUUGAUGUAUCAGCUUUUAGUUCCCCAUACAGUGAGGGCUCGGUUCCGAACUGGCCUCACCAUCCGCCCCUGUCGCGAUCCACCGGUAAUUCUUGGGCUCUAUACAAAAAUGGCCUCAUUGGACACCGUCACAGGAGAUCUUGGCCUGGUUGUUUUGUACCUAAGCAAGGCUGAGGCAAGAGAUAAGAUCUGCAGAGCUAUACAAUAUGGAUCCAAGUUCCUGAGCAACGGACAACCAGGACCUGCACAGAAUGUCGACAAAUCAACUAGUCUUGCUCGGAAAGUUUUCCGGCUGUUUAAGUUUGUUAAUGAUCUCCAAGCUCUGAUUAGCCCCCCUGCCAAAGGAACUCCACUUCCGCUGAUCUUACUUGGAAAGUCGAAGAACGCGAUGCUGUCAACUUUCCUCUUUCUGGACCAAAUUGUUUGGGCUGGGAGAACAGGAGUAUACAAGAACAAGGAGCGAGCAGAAUUCCUUGGCAGGAUUGCCUUUUAUUGCUUUCUUGGAUCUAAUACAUGUACUACCAUCAUCGAGCUAGCGGAGCUUCAGCGGCUUUCCAAAUCGAUGAAGAAGUUAGAGAAGGACCUCAAGCACCAAGAGCUGUACAAGAACGAGCAGUAUCGGAUGAAGCUGAAGAAGUCCAAUGAGAGGCUGCUUGCUCUCAUCAAAUCGAGCCUUGACAUAGUUGUCGCAGUGGGGCUGCUGCAACUGGCCCCGAAAAAGGUCACUCCUCGCGUCACUGGGGCCUUUGGGUUCGCUAGCUCGCUCAUCGCCUGUUACCAGGUUGUCUCUCCCCCCUCCACUACCGGUGCCAACACGCUGCUCCCCAUCUACAACACCUACGAGGAGGAUCCUUCUCCGCCCUUCUGCCAUGAAACCAAUUGCUUUCGAUCUACCCAGGUCGCGCUCAGGACCACCUUGCGGAUCCGGAACACUGUUGGCAAGGAGUUCAAAGAACAACUCCGGCGUUCCUCCCUCCUGCUCUGCUUGGCUAUGCAUCUCCUUCACCUCCACCUCUCUCUCUCUGGCUACACGAACCCUAGUAGCUGCUCUGCUUCAGGCAAUUCUUGGGGGGUCUGCACCAUGCUUCGCCGUGGUUAA